AGCAUCCGGCAGCUGGGGCUGCAGAGUGGCCCAGGGAUGGAGCUGGGGCUGGGGACCCCGCUCUGCGCCCAGCAUGAUGAGCGCCUCAAGCUCUUCUGCGAGGAGGAUGAGGAGGCCAUCUGCGUGGUGUGCCGGGAGUCCCUGCACCACCGCCCGCACACCGUCUACCCCAUCGAGGAGGCCGCACAGGUGUACAAGGUCAAACUCCAGGAAUCCCUGGCACAUCUUUUGAAGGAAGUGGAGGACGUGAAGAAGCGUGAGUCAGUGGAAAGGAUGAAAACCCAGGAGUGCAAGGAGACAGUGAAGAAAAAGCGGGAGAGAAUUGUGAGUGAGUUCGGGAAGCUGCAUCGGCUACUGGCUGAUGAGGAGAAGCUGCUGCUCCAGAAGCUGGAGGAGGAGGAGAAGCGGAUUCUGCUGAUGAUCAAUGAAAACCUGGCCAGGCUGGUGGAGCAGAAGUGCUUGCUGGAGGAGCUGAUCCUGGAGAUAAAGGAGAAGACCCAGCAGCCGGCGGAUGGGCUGCUUAAGGACCUGAAAAGCAUCCUGAGCAGGUGCGAGGGGGUAAAGUUCCAGCCCCCCAAGUCUGUGUCUGUGAUCCUGAAGGAAAACUACAGCAUCCCCGAGCACUGCCUGGGCAUGAGGGACAUGCUGAAGAAGUUCAAAGUGGAUGUGACUCUGGACCCCGAGACAGCGCACCCUGAGCUCACCCUGUCCGAGGACCACAAGAGCGUGCGGCGUGGGGGCAAGAAGCUGUUUCUGUCCCUCUUCGAGAACCCAAAGAGGUUCAGCACUGCUCCGGUCGUGUUGGGGAGUCAGGUCUUCUUCUCUGGCCGCUGCUACUGGGAGGUGCAGGUGGGAGACAAGCCCGAGUGGGGCUUGGGCCUGUGCCGGGAGUCUGCCAGCCGGAAAGGCAACGUCCUCUUCUCCCCAAACAAUGGCUACUGGGUGCUGCAGCUGCAAAAUGGGGGCAACUACGAGGCCCUCACCUCGCCCGUCUCCCCACUGACCCUGAGUGUGAGACCCCGGCGCAUUGGGAUCUUCCUGGACUACGAGGCAGGAGAAAUCUCCUUCUACAACAUGAGCGACCGCUCCCACAUUUACACCUUCACUGACAAGUUUUCAGGGAAUCUCCGGCCUCUCUUUUUCCUGGGUGCCUUUUUGGGGGGCAGAAAUGCAGAGCCCUUGGUGAUCUCCUGGGUCAGGGAUACGCAGGGGACCGGGUGCAUCGUCCUGUGA